AAUGUAAACUUUCCCUUGUGCAGCCACGGAGCCGAUAUAUGUGACUGCACCCACUGUCGUGACCUGAGAGAACUUGGCUCCUGGACAAAGCGGCCACGAAGCGAUCCCGUCUUCCACCUACACUAUCAUAUAGUACAAUGGCGCGACCAGAAGCAGCAAAAAGACGAGUCUCCAACCUCGUCGGCCGCUUCGAACAACUAGCUCAAUCAACUCCGGUCCAGGAGACUUACUCAGGACCGCUCUCACCAACCUCACCACAGCCAGUCUCUCACCAUGGCGAAAAAGCCCGGCUCCAACACGACCGAAGAAGCCAAUCCUUCUCCUCAAUGCCGACCACCUCAAUCCUUUCAACUCGACUCGAAAAGGAAAUCAAUCGCAACGCUCAACUACGACAAGAAUUAGAAGUCCUACGACGUCGGUGUAACCAAGAUGACGAGAUCUUGACCACUCUAACUCAACGACUAGAAGAAGGCACAGAGCUGCAAGCAUCUCUGCAUAUGCAAACGUCAGGUCUACAGACAAAAGUCGACAGAUUAGCAGAUAAGCUUGCUCGAAGAGACAAGAUCCAAAAGGCAGAGUAUGAGAGAAGAAUCGUGACAGUCGCGAACGAGCGUGAUAUGCUUGCCUCAAGGUUACGUAUGGCAGAAGCAGGUAUCGAGAGAGCCCAAGUCGCAGAAGCCCACACUAGGUCCGUGAACGAGAAGCUCAGAGUCGCAGAGAAAAAUGCUCAGAUUGCGACUAGUCAAGUCAUGGUUUUGCAAAAACAAUUGCUGGAGCUCAAGACCAAUAUCGCCGCUCGCCCAGGAACACAGACGGAUGUCAGCGAUCAAGAAAUUCUAGACAUGAUGAACAAGUUCAACCAUCUCGUCCAGAAUUGGUGUGUUAGCAGUUUUCGAAAAGUCAAGAUUGAUGCACGGAGGAUGAGUUGUAGGUUCGAGAAGAUCACAGCUCUGCAAGAUGCAAAGUCGCUCCGAAAACUGUAUACAACAUUCGAUACAAGCAUCAAGAUCUUUGCAUUUCAGGCCACCGUGAUGUAUCUCCUCAUGCCAAUAUUUGAUGCACGCUUUUUCGGUCUACCCGAAGAGCUGCAGGGAUUGGAGUCAGCCGCACAGGCAAUGAUAUGUAUGUUUUUGAUUGAUCUGAUUUAUGCUCGGCCUGCUGAUAAUUACAUAGCUACGUGUCCAACCUUCAAUGAUUGGCGCAAGACUACUCAUAACUACCUAAAGCAGGGGAACGAUGAUCUGGAAAAGCGAUAUCAGGAUUCGCAGGCGAAAGCGCAAGCGCACUUGGUUGAGCACGUCUGCAAAAUCAUGUCAGCUCUCACGGGCUUGACAGUGGUGGAAGAGCAAGGACGUACCUUGAGCAGCGUAGUUAAACACGCGGUGUCGCUGUCUCAAGUUUUGGGUUGUCAGCGAGCUACUUAUCGGUGUUUUUUGCCAGAGGCUGAUGCAGAAGACGACAUCGAGUUUGACUAUACCACGAUGGAGGAUCUGAUGAAUGAGCAAGAAGAGGACGGACUCGCAAAAGACAUAAGAUGUGUAGUAUUUCCAGCUCUGCAAAAGACUGGAGGGGAAACAGGCGAUAAUGUGAGGCAUCCUUACAGUGUCAAACCGGCGAGGUUGACUAACCCUGGACAGAUGAAUGUGAUGAAUGUGCUCAUGAAAGCCAAAGUCUUGUGCGUUGAGGCAGACUCUGACCAAGACGAUCAGAAGGGCUGAAGAGAGAGCAGACCUUAUAACGUAUUUUCUCUUUGACGCAGAGGCAGUAUUUUAGGCGUGCCUGUAACAGGCAUGGAUCUCGAAGGCACGUGGCGUUUAGGUGUGUUGUUGAUGUGUGUCAUAGCAGCAUCCAGGGUCUGCUCAACCUCGCACACGAUCUUUUCGGCGCUGGUAGCAUCCGUCGUGAUUGCGUGUAGACGAAUGAA